UGGCUUCUGUAAGCGGAGCGCGGACACUUGCUGCGGAGAGAAGAGACGGAGAGAAGAGUAGACGCCGCUCCGGACAAACAAAACAGAUCACUUUCACUCGACAUCGCAACAUGUCUUCAAAGUGCCCCAAGUGUGACAAGACGGUGUAUUUCGCUGAAAAGGUGUCAUCCCUGGGGAAGGACUGGCACAAGUUGUGUCUCAAGUGUGACCGCUGCAACAAGCUCCUGACCGCCGGAGGCCACGCUGAGCACGAUGGACGGCCCUACUGCCACAAACCGUGCUAUGCUGCCCUCUUUGGGCCAAAAGGCGUGAACAUCGGUGGCGCCGGCUCUUAUGUGUACGACACUCCCGCCAACAACAACCCGUCUGCCACCAGUGUGGAUUCAGGCCCCAAAGCUGAGGAGAAGCGAGUGUUCGCCUCAAAGGCAGCGUCGAAAGCUGCUGGCAGCAUCACCACCUUCUCCGGAGAGGCCAACUUGUGUCCCCGAUGCAACAAGAAGGUGUAUUUUGCUGAGAAGGUGACAUCACUGGGGAAAGACUGGCAUCGGCCCUGUCUGCGCUGUGAGAGGUGCAGCAAGACUCUGACUCCUGGCAGCCACGCAGAGCAUGACGGCCAGCCCUACUGCCACAAACCGUGCUAUGCUGUUCUCUUCGGGCCCAAAGGCGUGAACACUGGUGGUGUUGGCAGCUACAUCUAUGAAAAGGAGCCCAGUGCAGUGACCCAGCCUUGAUCCUUUUGUCCCCUCAGCUUCAUCCCUCGUCUCUUCACAACACUGACCAUCAACCACAGUAUUAUUCGUAGCCUGUUUUCUUCCUCCCACCUGUGCGUUCAUACCUGAGACAACCGGCCUUCUGAUCCUUUUUCUCCUUGAUUCUGACCCGCUCCCAGCUGAUUUAGCACCACGAGGAAUGAUUUAUAUAUGCAUUUGCUCCGGGAGAGCCACAUCCAGCAUUCCCACCAGGUUGCUACAAAUGAUUUCAACCUUUUUUUAAUUUUUAUUUUUUUGCCAUGUUUACACAUUUAUAAAUAUAUGUGAUCAUAUUAAAUGUCACCACAGUUAAAUACGAGGGUCUUAUAUUUCAAUGUUGUACCCUGAAAACCGUGCGAUUGUUUUGAGAUGAUGUAUGUUUGUUUUGGGAAGGUUUGGGAAGGUGCAUUGUGGGUAGAGGUGCAGCGCGGUGACAGCCAGAGGAAUUUCAGGCAGUUGCCAUAUUUGCAUUUUGGCUGCCUGACAACAUUCCUAAAAGUCCCAACAUAUUGUAGAAAGGUGGGAAAUCUGAUCUCUCAGGCGACUGUUACAAGGUUUUCAACACAUCCAUGAGGCCGUAACAUGAAUUUAUUUGACUUUUGAGCAUUAUGUUAAUAACCUAUUUAAUGUCAAAAUCUGGAUCAUGUGCUAAUAAAUAACAAAAAUGUCUAUUUUUAGAAUGAGGCAGAAUGGGGGUGAAGUUUUGCUAAGGGAGGGCUGUGCUUUGCCAGAACAGAAACAUGUAUUUAUAGCUUCCAAUCAAGUCCUUAAGUUAAUUAGCCAUUGUACUACUACUACUACUACCCUCUGUGUGAUUAUGAAGGAGGUCAAACAAGGCGACGUAAGCUGUAUAAAUCUCUACGAUCAAGAUGUUUAUUGUUUAUUUCAAAUAAAUAACACUGCUGUUAUUUUCCUAGAGAUGACGCACUAUUUGAAGUGUUUCUUUGUUGUUGCCAUUAGCAGGAACAGUAGCUUAGCUUGUAGAAACACUGCAGACAAGUCAUUCUGUAAGAAUGUGCAUCCUGGUAUUAGUGUACGACUGUUACUGUGUUUGUUGAAUACCUGUUGUACAUCGUAGGGCUCCGUAGACCCUGCAGGGCUCACUGCAGCCCUGCAGGGUUCCUCUUUUUAAUCCCUCGAAUAAACAGAAACUCUUCAUCUGUGUCGUUGCCAUUAUUGUUUCACAGAGUUUUUAACUCCCUUUUUCUGUUCAUGAAUUGCAAUAAACAAACUAAAUGUCG